AUGUUCUUUAUUAUUUCAUUUAGAGCUGCAAGUAUAUAUUCAUUAGCAUUCAGUCCUGAUUCAAUGUUUUUAGCAGCAUCAAGCAAUACAGAAACAAUUCAUAUAUUUCGUUUAGCUAAUCCAAAAGAAAAAGCGCCUGAAGAAGCAACAUGGAUGGGUUAUUUUAGUCGUAAAUUAAGUGAUGUUGCACAUUAUUUACCUAAACAAACAUCUGAAGUAUUAACACAAGAUCGUUCAUUUGCUUUUGUACAUUUACAAUCACCUGGAUUAAAUAAAACAUUAAAAUUAUUUGUUGCUGGUUAUGAUGGUGUUGUUUGUGUCUAUGAAGUGAACAUAAAUGAUGGUGUUUUAUAUGNAUUACUCAAAAUGGCUAUAUUCUGA